ACUCUCCUUUUCUUUUGGUUGGCCACCACUCCAAACCCUGCCUUUUCUUCCCCCAUUUUUAUUCUAUUUCUGCUACUUCACUCAUUUCUUUCUUUUCAACCCUCCCUCCACUAAAGCCCCUUUUUUUCAAGCUUAAACUUCUUUAGUGGGUGUGAAUACACAAUGUUAGCAGCUAAACGAGACUAAAGACGUUUUUUUAGUACAAGGAGAGAUGGACAAAGAAACUAACCUAGAAAACCAAUCUCUCCUCUCAAACAAUAACAUUUCCAUCACCAAAGAAGACUCUUCCCCAAAAAAACACCCUGCAAACACCGCCGGAGGCGGCGGAGAUAGGCUGAAACGUGAUGAAUGGAGUGAAGGAGCUGUGUCGAGCUUACUUGAAGCUUACGAAAACAAAUGGGUGCUUCGAAAUAGAGCAAAACUUAAGGGUCAAGAUUGGGAAGACGUGGCUCGUUAUGUUUCGGCUCGGGCUAAUUGUACCAAGUCUCCCAAGACUCAGACUCAGUGCAAGAACAAGAUCGAGUCCAUGAAGAAAAGGUACCGAUCGGAGUCCGCCACAGCUGACGGAUCGUCUUGGCCUUUGUAUCCGCGGCUUGACCUUUUACUUCGUGGCAGUACUGCACCUCCUCCUCCUCCGCCACUGCCGCCACAGCUGCAACCGUCAGCAGUUCCUCAAGCAGCUACUCCAAUUUCCACUAACCCUCCUCGGAUGAGUUUACCGGAGCCGGCCAUGAUGGUGGUGCUACAGCAACAACAUCAGCCACCUGCUCCACCACCACCACAGCCGCCGCAGCAUUUGGCUCCUCAGCUUCCUGGACAUACACAAAAUUCGCAUAGCUCCAAUGGUAUUGAUAGGAUCCCAAAGGAGGAUGGGGCGGGAACAAGAAUAUCGGAUCAUUUAUCGGAUAAGAUAGCUAUGGAGACAUAUAGUAGCACACCGACUCUUUACGGUGAAAAUGAAAGACCGAGGACGAAGAAAUUGAAGACGACGAAGAACAAGAAGAGAAGGAACGAAGACGAAUGGGAAAUAGCUAAGAGCAUUGAAUGGGUAGCACAAGUAGUUUUAAAAUCAGAACAUGCAAGGAUGGAAACCAUGAAAGAAAUUGAGAGAAUGAGAGUUGAAGCUGAGGCUAAAAGAGGAGAAACGGACCUCAAAAGAACUGAGAUCAUUGCCACCACUCAACUGGAAAUUGCUAGGCUCUUUGCAGCAUCAAAUAAAGGAGUUGAUUCUUCAUUAAGGAUUGGAAGAAAUUGAUUACUUGUUAUGAUUAUUAGUGAACAAAAAUCUAAUUAAUUAUACCUUUGCAUGAGUAGGUUUUGUGUAUUGACAAUGAGCACCCCCUAGAAAUCAAGGGUUAACUUUCAAUAGACUAAUUAAUUAAU